AUGCAUUUCAAGUGGGAAGUGCUCACGGUGAAGGAUUUCUAUAUAUUUUUGGCAAUAAUCAUUUUCACUGGGCUUGUGACAGUCCACCACAGGGCUGAUUACUGGAGGAAGAAAUGGCCAUACAACUUCCCCUUCCCCAGUGACAAGAUGUCCUGGGACCGCUUUGAAGCAAUUUUGUGGUCACUUCACCUCAGUAAUCCCCAAGAAGAUGAAGAAAAUAAUAAAAAAAAGAACACUGCUGAGUACGACCGACUUUUCAAACUAAAGCCCCUGUACACGGAGAUGGUGAACGCCUGCAAGGCCCAUUUCCAGCCAUACAAAACUUUGUCCAUUGAUGAGCGGAUGGUCGUCAGCAAAGCCAGGAGCAGUAUGAAACAGUAUAUGAAGUUACAAGCCCACAAAGUUGGGGUACAAACUCUUUGUCCUGGCGGAUGCAUCUAUUGGCUACACAGUGAGUCUCCCACAGGCCACGGUUUGAGUUAUUCUGCCAUUAUGGACCUUCUACAUUUUCCUCUCCUCGGCAGCGGCUACAUAUUAUACACAGACAAUUUUUACACGAGCCCCACUCUCUUCACGGAUCUGUCCCAAAAGAACUUUGGCUGUUGUGGGACCAUAAGGACCAAUCGCAUUGGCUUCCCUAAGACUGAGACCAACAGUCUGCCCAAAAAGGCUGAGAGGGGGGACAUGCGAUGGAUCAGGAGUGGCAAACUCCUCUUUGUGAAGUGGAGGGACACGAGAGAGGUGACCAUGUGCUCCACAGUGCAUCCAGCCUACAGCGGACAGGUGGUAAGGAGAAAAGUGAAGGAGGCAGGUGUUUGGAAAACCAAGUCCAUUCCUGUUCCAGAUUGCAUUGUGGACUAUAAUAAGAACAUGGGUUGUGUUGAUUUGUCUGAUGCGCUCAUAGGAUUUUACAGUGUCCACCACAAAACAAUGAAGUGGUACAAGACUUUUUUUUACCACUUUGUUGACAUUGCUGUUGUCAACAGCUACUUGUUGCACAAGGAGCUGUUCAAAAUCAGACAGGACCCCACCCAAACAAAGCCCCUCACCCACAAGACCUUCAGGGAGGUGUUGGCUAAGGAGAUGCUAGAGUUUGCUGAAAGGUCAGCAGCCACCUCACCACUCCCACCUCGCACCACUUGCAUGCCUGUCUUCUAUGACAGUGAGGACACAAGAGCCAGGAAGCACUGCAAGAGGUGUCACGACACUGGAACACCCAAGGUGAAAACAGCAGUUUAUUGCAGGAGGUGUAAGGUUCCUCUCUGCCUCUCCUCUAAGAGGAGCUGCUUCCAGCUCUGGCAUGAUGGACAGUGA